AUGGUUGUCAUCAACAACGUUGCUAUUACCCUUGUGGGUCUGGCCUCUAUCGCCUCGGCCGCCCCCGCCACCAAGGUCGGCAGCAAGUUCUCGCUCAACCAGGUUGCUCGUCCUGCUACCAAGGCCUCCAACUUCGCUGCCAGCUAUGGUCGUGCUCUUUCCAAGUAUGGUGCUACGGUACCCUCGCAUAUCGAGGCUGCUGCUGUCGCUAGUGGUGUUGCAACCACUACCCCCGAGGCUAACGACGAAGAGUAUCUCACUCCCGUCAACAUUGGUGGUACCACUUUGAACUUGGACUUCGACACCGGAUCGGCUGAUCUAUGGGUAUUCUCUACCGAGCUCCCUUCUUCAGAGCAGUCUGGCCACUCGGUGUACAACCCUAGCAAGAGUGGAACCAAGCUGAACGGAUAUACUUGGGAUAUCUCCUACGGUGAUGGUAGCGGUGCCAGCGGUAACGUCUACACAGACAAAGUCACUGUUGGUGGCGUUACUGCUUCCAAGCAGGCCGUUGAGGCUGCCCAGCAGAUCAGUUCCGAGUUCCAGCAGGAUGUCGACAACGACGGGCUUCUGGGUCUGGCUUUCAGCAGCAUCAACACCGUCUCUCCCAGGGCUCAGAACACCUUCUUUGACAAUGUCAAGAGCUCACUCGCUCAGCCCCUGUUCGCCGUUGCCUUGAAGCACGGCAAGCCCGGUGUCUAUGACUUUGGCUUCACAGACUCCUCCAAGUACACUGGCUCCAUCGUGUACACCGAUGUUGACAACUCCCAAGGAUUCUGGGGAUUCAGCGUUGACAGCUACAAGGCUGGAACCAAGUCCGGUGCUGGUUUCGACGGUAUCGCUGAUACUGGUACUACUUUGCUUCUACUUGACUCCACCAUUGUCUCCCAGUACUACUCCCAGGUCAGCGGCGCUAAGAAUGACAACAACGCUGGUGGAUACGUCUUCCCUUGCUCUGCCACUCUACCCAGCUUCAGCGUCUCUAUCAACGGAUACACUGCUACCGUGCCCGGCUCCCUGAUGAACUACGGCCCCUCCGGCGAUGGAUCCUGCCUUGGCGGUCUCCAGUCUAACGCUGGUAUUGGUUUCUCUAUCUUCGGUGAUAUUUUCCUGAAGAGCCAGUACGUCGUCUUUGAUGCCAGCGGCCCCCAGCUUGGAUUUGCUGCUCAAGCUUAA